AUGAUUGGAUAUUAUCCAUCUGUUCGAUCUGGUCUUCCAAUACAGGCUAGAUCACACAUUUCAAGACAGUACAGCUCAUCAGCACUCAUUCGUGAAUCUGUUUCCACUUCGAAACCGUAUCCUCAACGCAUACAACGACAGGGACAGCCUUUACCUUUCUCUCAUCCGCAUUUAUUCCCUCAAAGGCUUCCUUUAUUGGCAGGUGCUGAUAUCAUACCGCCAGAUAAAGAUGGUCAGUUAGCUGUUGCGGAGGAUGAAAUAACGCCUGGUGUUCCAGCAAGAGAAUUCGAAGAUCGAAGAAGAAGAUUGAUAGACAAACUACCCGAAGGCAGCGUGAUUGUAUGCAUGUCUGGCCGCACAAAGAUGAUGAGUGGGAAUAUAUUCUACCGUUUUAGGCAAGAUUCAAACUUUCUCUAUCUAACAGGAUUCCAAGAGCCUGAUUCGGCUUUGAUACUGGAAAAAAAUUCUACCAGCCGAGGUUAUCGGAUGACCAUGUUCAUCCCACCGCACGAUCAAUCAGGUGAAGUUUGGAAUGGGCCCCGCAUUGGACUUGAAGGAGCGCAAAGUAUAUUUGGAGCGGAUGAGGCGCUUUUGAUGGAUCCUUCAGCGUUUUUGCAAUUCCUCAAGAAAGUUUUGCCAUCUUUCGAUCAUGUCUACGUUGACCCUCCGCCAACUCCUUCGAUCCCUCGCCAAUCAACCUUGACCCGCCGAACGCCAUCCUUGCUCAACUUUCUCGCACCUCCAUCGCCCACAGCUUAUGACAAUUUUCCCAGGAAAGCCGAUUUUGAUGCUAUAAUCAAACUUUUAAGCGACACAAGCCGAUGUCAUUCGCUAUCUAAAGAAGUCCACCAACUACGGUUGAUCAAAUCAGAAAACGAAUUGAAACUUAUGCGAAGGGCGGGCAGGAUAGGCUCGCAUGCAAUGAUGGAAGUAAUGCAGUCUACUCAAGCAGGUCGUACAGAAUGGCAAUUGCAAACCAUUUUCGAAUCUUCUUGUGCGAUGCAAGGUGCUCAGAGGCCGGCCUAUGUACCAGUGGUCGCAUCAGGGGAAAACGCACUCACCAUUCACUAUGUGCAAAAUGAUGACGUGUGCCAAUCAGGUCAGCUUGUUUGCAUGGACGCAGGCUGUGAGAUGGAUGGAUAUGUUUCUGAUAUUACCAGAGCAUUUCCUAUUGACAGUCGUUUCACUUCUCCUCAACGUGAUUUAUACGGUGCAAUUUUGAAUGUCUUAAAGGCAUGUACCAAAUUGGUCAGCGAAGAUCAAGGAUAUACUUUAAGCGCUUUGCACAGAAGAAGCGUUGAAAUGUUAAAUUCAGAACUGAAACGGUUGGGAUUCAACUUGCCUGCUGGGAGCUUAGAAAGGGAUUUGUAUCCACACGCAUUAAGUCAUUGGCUCGGUCUGGAUUUGCAUGAUACCUCAACGGUCGACCGGAAUACGCAAUUGCGAAGUGGAAUGUGUUUAAGCGUAGAGCCUGCGGUAUAUUGUCAAGAAGGAAUGCCAGGCGUGCCGAUCGAUUUUUGGGGCUUAGGUAUUCGGAUCGAGGAUGAUGUUGCUGUUUACGGCGAGAAAGGCAAUAUUAUCCUGAACGCGGAAACGCCAAAAGAGAUUGAAGAUGUUGAAUCAAUUUGCUCAGGCUUUUGGCAAAAGCAUGUCGAAUCUGACACUCAUCAAAAGCACAAUUUCGAAUCAAAGAAGGAAUGGAUAUGA